AUUUUGUGCUUCGACAGGAAAACAAACUGCAAACUCCAGUUGGUGUUGGCUUUUUCUUCUGGUGGCGCCAGAUCAAAUAAAGAACGAGUCAUACUCUCUUGAAGGCUUGAUUUGCUUUCCUCAACUUGAAGAAUGCUAUUUUUGCCCUAAAAGGUGCUUAGGAGAGAGAAGUCUUCUUCUGGGCAUCUAACCUUCUAAACCGAGUGGAAAAGAGUACCAGGAUGGCUCAUGUGCACCGCAGUGGGGUUUCUAAAAGAACACGUGAUGGUGCAAGAAUUGUGAUGACAACAAUUCUGGGAAUAGUGUUCGGAUAUUUUAUUGGAAUUUCAUUUCCAUCAGGGUCUCUUAGCAAGAUCCACUUACCUCCAAGUCUUAUAUCACCUAUUGAUACAGCGGUAUCUGAAGAACAUAGAUACCCUCUUGAAACCAAAGGCCGGUCAGUGAAUGUUCCCAAGAUAUAUGUUUCAACAAAUCCUCGUGGUGCAGAACUAUUACCGCCAGGCAUUAUUGAGCCCGAAUCUGACUUCUACUUACGCAGAUUGUGGGGGGAACCCAGUGAGGAUCUGAAGAAAAAGCCCAAGUACUUGGUAACAUUUACAGUUGGUCUUGACCAGAGGAGAAAUAUAGAUGCUUGUGUUAAAAAGUUUUCAGAGGAUUUCCAAAUUUUGCUUUUUCAUUAUGAUGGUCAGACAAGUGAAUGGGAUGAAUUUGAGUGGUCAAAAAGUGCAAUCCAUGUUAGUGUGAGGAAGCAAACAAAAUGGUGGUAUGCAAAAAGGUUUUUGCAUCCUGAUAUUGUUGCUGCUUAUGAAUAUAUUUUCAUCUGGGAUGAAGAUCUUGGAGUAGAACACUUCAAUGGAGAUAGGUACAUAGAAUUGGUCAAGAAACAUGGUCUGGAGAUCUCUCAACCAGGCUUGGAGCCCAAUAAUGGACUAACAUGGCAGAUGACAAAGAGGAGAGGUGACAAAGAAGUUCACAUGGUUACCGAAGAGAAACCAGGCUGGUGCAGUGACCCCCAUUUGCCACCAUGUGCUGCCUUUGUGGAAAUUAUGGCCCCUGUAUUUUCUCAAGAAGCUUGGCGUUGUGUGUGGCAUAUGAUUCAGAAUGAUUUGGUGCAUGGAUGGGGAUUGGAUUUCGCCCUCAGAAGAUGCGUUGAGCCUGCACAUGAGAAGAUUGGUGUCGUGGAUUCACAGUGGAUUAUUCAUCAAGUAAUUCCUUCUCUUGGGGCUCAGGGCAAUGCUGAGGUUGGGAAAGCUCCCUGGGAAGGGGUGAGAGCAAGGUGCAGAAACGAGUGGGCUAUGUUCCAAGAGCGUCUCGCCAGAGCAGACCAGGCAUAUCUUGCUCAGACUGGCAAGGGGUAAUUUUGUGCAUUUCCCCACUAGCACUCCCACCCAUCUCUCCUCCUUUCCUGUACAUGUAUCAUUUUAGAUGACCAUAUUUAGGGGUCAGUACUGCAAACUGCAAAUGAUAUUUUUCUGAAGAUGAUGAACUGAUUUUUGGAGCAAAAAUCUUCUGUAUCAGUGUCUUAUAUGUUCUGAAUUUCUGAUAGUUGUAUAUGGGAAGUGAAAUUUUUUUAC